AUGGGCUGGUUCGGUGGCUCACCCUCAAAAGUGUCUUCAGUAAGUGAAGUUCCCGAAAAGAAAGAACCAGUGUUCCUUGAAGAUCUACCUCCAAAGUUCGAAGACAAGGAAUCAAACCAUCACGAUGAGGCUACCUAUCUAGCAGCCCUCAACAAAGUCAGCAUCAGCGACUUCACAUUAUCCAAUUACGUUACAAUGCCAUGCUUCAGAGAAGCUAUGCUUACUGGUUUUUCUGCCAUGGGUGUUUUGGGUGUGGUGACGCUUUUAGUCCACAAGAACCCUAGCAGAUCUGUGAAUAUCGGUAUUGGAGGUUUCUUCUUAGGCUCUGUUGUUGGAUUUGAGCAGUGCCGUUCUAUACGAAGAAGGUCUUUCCAGAACGUGGAGAAAGCCAAGCAAGCUAACCAGGCCAGAAUGCAAGGCAAGAUUGACGAUAGACAAGAGAACGACGAUGCGUUGGAGAAGUUCAACGAGACCCAGAGAAGAUGA